CUGAUCCCAUCCACGUUUCUGUUGGAUUCUACGGCGAGAUCCCGGCGAUCCGGCGAUGAUUUUUGGAAUGUAGGCGUUUGGCUCCGGAGGUGAUGGAAAGGCUGUUUCUGCUUUGGUUAUGAGUUUCAGUGGUUUAUUAAAGGUUGAGAGGAAGGCUGGAUCUACUGGGGUGAGGAUAAGUAGUGAAGCAUAACUUGGCGGGAGUUCUGCUGCUAUAGGAAUUUCAAGUUUUCGGAUUCUGAUUCUGGCCCUCUGAUCUGUUUUUCUGUGGUUUUGAUUAUUGGCUUAGAUCAGUCCAAACAUUUUCUUGCCUGGAAAUGUUGAUAUUUAAAUGGAUGAUAGACAUGUGUUGAAGCUUGGGGUGUGAUUGAUCUGGUACUCAUUCCUGGGAGUCUUUCUGACGAAAUAUCAGAGAUCAAGGUUUAUCUGAGGAAUAUUGUACUUCUAGAAAGGGAUAUGAUGUUUCUAACUCAUUCCAUCGAAAAAAAUAGAGACAAAGGGAUGCUGACCGCUAAACCAGAAAGCAUGUGUGGAAAAGGAGAUUUGCAUCAUCAAAUUUGCAUGUCAAUGGAACAGGAUUGCUGCUCUUUUCAUAAAUGUAUAAUAGAAUUCAUGCUUAUAGCUAAAAAUGUAAACCUUUUAAAAGAGAUGAAGAAAUGUCUAUCUGAGAUAGACCCGGUUAGAUCCUGUGUGGAUGGAACUCAACUGACAAAUAAGAAAAUGACAGUAAAAAGGCAGCCUGGAAGUUUAUACAAUGUGAGAAGAUCUAAUGAUUGUCUUAUCCCGGGGCUUCAUGAUGACAUAGCUCUAGAUGUUUUGGCCUUUGCUUGUAGAUCGGACUAUUCUUCACUAGCUUGUCUUAAUAAAAGCUUUAAUUUAUUGGUUGGUAGUGGAUACCUCUACAAAUGGAGGAGACGACUUGGAAUCGUUGAGCACUGGGUGUAUUUAGCAUGCAGUUUAAUGCCAUGGGAGGCUUUUGAUCCUACAAGGCUGAGGUGGAUGAGGCUGCCACGGAUGCCUUGUGAUGACUGCUUUUCUUAUGCUGAUAAGGAGUCUCUUGCUGUGGGGACUCAACUUCUAGUAUUUGGUAGGGAGUUAACAGGUUUUGCAAUUUGGAUGUAUAGUUUAGUAAGACGUGAUUGGACGCGGUGUCCUCUGAUGAACUUACCCCGCUGCCUAUUUGGUUCCGGCAGCUCUGGUGAAAUUGCUAUUGUUGCUGGCGGCAGUGAUAAGAAUGGCCGUGUUUUAAAAUGUGCUGAAAUGUACAAUUCCGAGUUGGGUAGAUGGGAAACUUUGCCUGAUAUGAACUUACCAAGGAAAAUGUGUUCCGGUUUUUUUAUGGAUGGUAACUUUUAUGUAAUAGGGGGCAUGUCAAGCCAUACUGACUCUUUAACAUGCGGUGAAGAAUACAAUCUUGAGACAAGGACGUGGAGGAGAAUCCAAAACAUGUUCCCUGGAGGUAAUAGGGCUACCCACCAGUCUCCACCUCUUGUUGCAGUUGUAAAUAAUCAGCUUUACGCUGCAGAUCAAUCUACAAAUGAAGUUAAAAAGUAUAAUAAAUUGAAUAAUACAUGGAAUGUUGUAAAGCCUUUACCAGUCAGAGCUGAUUCUUAUAAUGGUUGGGGCCUUGCAUUUAAGGCAUGUGGUGACAAAUUAUUGGUGAUUGGUGGACAUAGGGGGCAGCAAGGUGAAGUCAUUGUACUACGAUCUUGGUGUCCAGAGGAUAGAAAUAAUGGAGGGCCGGAGUGGGAGGCACUUUCUGUUAGGGAAAGGGCUGGCGCUUUUGUUUACAAUUGUGCAAUAAUGGGAUGCUAAUGAAAGUACUACAUUAUGGAUACAAAAGCUUUAGUAUUGGAGAAAUCAAUUAAAAGGUGUGUUCAUGGUGCAUGAAUUUUUAUGCCUUGCAUGGUCUUCGUUGGAAUUUGCGUAUUGGAGAAAGCUAUUACCUCAUUUAAUUGGUGAAGCGGAUUGUCGCUCUUUGGUAUUUUUCUGUUUCAUGUACUUGCACUGGUUGCUUGUUAGCUUAUCAGUUGGCAUUACCUUUGCAGUACUUUCUAUUGAGCAGCAUUUAGUUGUUUUGGAGGCUUAUUCUGUUUUCCCUUGUUGUUCUUUCUACCCCUUCCUCUGUCCCACCCCUCUUUUUUUUUCUCCCACUUUUCAGCAAUUUAAAUUAAUAAUUUUAGGGCCAUUGGCAUAAAAUGUUAUUCAGUAUGAAGGAAACUCACUAACUUUACUGAC